CAGAAGAUGAAUCAGUCAACUACAUAUGCAUUGGCUAAUGAAACUGGUCUCGAUGGACCAAAUCAGAUAUUAUUUACGGACGUAGAUACCACAUCUAACGUUAACGGCAGAGUACGAAUAAAGUUGGAUAACAAUGAAUCGAAUUCAUACAUACCUAUAUCAAUUCCUGGAGUUUUGACCAAAACAGUAAAGCUUUAUCCCAAUCAUAUCGCGUUAGUUUCUAGACCUGAUGCCAACGGCAAAAGAACCACAUAUACUUUUCAAGUAUAUGAAUCUGCUAUAAGAAUCGUCGCGAAAGCGUUUCUAAAGCUGGGUUUAGAACGACAUCAUAGCGUCUGCAUAAUAGGAUUUAAUUGUCCGGAAUGGUUUAUUACCGAACUUGCGACUAUAUAUGCUGGUGGAAUUGCUACAGGGAUUUAUAUUACAAAUUCUCCAAAAGCGUGCCAAUAUUGUGCUGAACAUAGUAGGGCAAAUAUAAUAGUUGUUGAAGAUAAGAAACAAUUGCAGAAAGUUUUGCAAAUAAAACACAAUUUGCCCCAUUUGAAAGCAAUUGUUCAAUAUGACGGUAUACCUACUGAAAAGGAUGUUUUGAGCUGGGAUGAUUUAUUGGAUAUAGGUAAGAAAGAAUCGGAUGAUAAAUUAUUAUCUGUAUUAAAGACGAUAGGAAUAAAUGAAUGUUGCAUUUUAAUAUAUACGUCCGGAACAGUUGGAAAUCCAAAAGCUGUAAUGUUAAACCAUGAUAAUGUGUUGUUUAACGUGCGGGCAUUGUUACCAAUGCUACAGAUGAAAGAAAAAUCAGAAGUUAUAGUUAGCUAUUUACCACUAUCUCAUGUUGCAGGGCAGAUAAUUGACCUCUUUACAAACAUUAUGGUAGCAACUACAGUAUACUUUGCAGACUCAAUUGCAUUAAAAGAUACAUUAAUAAAUACGCUACUUGUAGCACAACCGACUGUUUUCCUAGGAGUGCCAAGAGUGUGGGAAAAAAUAUAUGAAAAGAUGCAAGAGAAAGCACGUAGUAACGGCGUAAUAAAAACCUGGAUUGCUAAAUGGGCAAAAGCACAAAGUCUUCAUUAUUACACGAAUAAAAUGAAUGGCAUAGAUUAUAAACACUGGGGCUACGUCUUUGCAAAAUGGCUUAUUUUUGACAAAGUCAAAGUAGCAAUGGGUUUGAAUAAGUGCCACCACUUUGUUACCUCAGCAGCACCCAUGAACAUCGAUAUUAAAAAAUAUUUCCUAACUUCAGACAUACCUCUAUUAGAGGGGUAUGGAAUGUCUGAAUGUAGUGGGGGUCAAACAUUAAAUGACAUUAAUAAAUGCAGCAUGGAUGGUGUAGGGAAACCUUUACCUGGGUUAUAUACAAAGCUAGACAAUAUAAAUGAACAUGGCGAGGGAGAGAUUUGUAUGAGUGGGCGACAUAUAUUUAUGGGUUAUUUAAAUGCACCGGAGCAAACAAAAGAAGCCAAAGAUAAACAUGGCUGGUUGCAUAGUGGUGAUCUUGGCAAAUUCGAUUUAAAUGGGAAUUUGCUUAUUACUGGUAGAAUAAAAGAACUGAUAAUCACAAGUGGAGGGAAAAAUGUAUCACCGAAUAAUAUAGAGCAAUCAAUAUUAUCGGAAUUACCAUACUUAAGUAAUGCUAUGGUAAUUGGAGAUCAUAGAAAAUAUUUAGCAGUUCUUGUCACGCUAAAGAGUAACAUGAAUGAAGCAACUGGCGCACCAUUAGAUACAUUAUCUCCAAAUGUUUUGAAAUGGGCAAAGUCUAUUGGUAGUAGUUCCAAAACAGUUAAAGAAGUCAUAAGCACUCGUGAUACAGCCAUAUACGAAGAAAUCGACAAGGCAAUUAAAAGAGCGAAUAUGCAAGCUAUAAGUAAUGUUCAAAAAAUACAGAAAUUUGAAAUUCUUCCUCAUGAUUUUUCAAUUUCAACUGGCGAAUUGGGACCCACACUAAAGCUUAAAAGAAACGUAGUUCAGAAAAUGUAUGCUAAUCUAAUAGAUAAAAUGUAUGAAUAA